AAGCCACUUAAGAAAUGCGAAUUAGAAGCAAUAGAGAAACAGAAAACACAACACGAAAUCACAACGCAACUGCCUCUUCAUCUUCAGCUGCUAAAAUGAAACCUAUCAACAAAGAAAAGAGAAUCAUUGAUCAGUAUAAUGCGGAUGCUGGUAUUUUAGCUCAGUUUGAGCAAUCUAGUGUGUCUGGUAAGUCUUUUAACUAUUCAAGAUCAGUUAUUUAUGCUCCAGAGAGUGUACCUGAUGAAGAAAUAACUGCUUAUUUGUCAAAAAUACAAAGGGGUGGUCUUAUUCAGCCCUUUGGUUGUAUGCUGGCUGUUGAAGAACCCACUUUUAGAGUCAUUAGUUACAGUGAAAAUUGCUUUGAAUUUCUGGGGUUGAGUUUAGAAAGUGAUACUUUGGAGUCAAAAGGGUUAAAGGGUUUGAUUGGAGUUGAUGCAAGAGCCCUUUUUACGCCUUCUUCUGGGGCUUCUUUGGCAAAAGCAGCUGCCGCUAAGGAGAUUUCACUGUUAAAUCCAAUUUGGGUUUGUUCUAGGAGUACCCAGAAACCAUUUUAUGCUAUAUUGCAUAGAAUUGAUGUGGGAAUUGUGAUUGAUUUAGAGCCUGCACGGUCAGGUGAUCCUGCAUUGUCACUUGCUGGGGCUGUGCAGUCUCAGAAACUUGCUGUCAGGGCAAUUUCUAGGUUGCAGUCACUCCCUGGGGGUGAUAUUGGUCUACUGUGUGAUACAGUUGUAGAGGAUAUACAAAAGCUUACUGGAUAUGAUAGGGUUAUGGUGUAUAAGUUUCAUGAUGAUGAUCAUGGUGAAGUUGUGUCUGAAAUUAGGAGGUCUGAUUUGGAACCCUAUUUGGGGUUACAUUAUCCAGCAACAGAUAUCCCUCAAGCCGCUCGUUUCUUGUUUAAGCAGAAUCGUAUUAGGAUGAUUUGUGAUUGCCAUGCUGAGCCUAUUAGGGUCAUCCAGAGUAAAGAAUUAAUGCAGCCUCUUUGUUUGGUCAAUUCAACCCUACGGUCACCCCAUAGCUGCCAUACUCAGUACAUGGCUAAUAUGGGUUCUAUCGCCUCAUUGGUGAUGGCAGUUGUCAUCCAUGGUAAUGAUUCAAUGAAGCUGUGGGGAUUGGUGGUGUGCCAUCACACAUCUCCACGCUAUGUCCCUUUCCCACUACGCUAUGCUUGCGAAUUUCUCAUACAGGCAUUUGGGCUGCAGCUAUACAAGGAGCUUCAGUUGGCGUCGCAGUUGGCAGAGAAGAAAAUCCUCAGGACACAAAUAUUAUUGUGUGACAUGCUCCUCCAGGAUGCCCCAUUCAGUAUUGUGACUAAAUCACCUAGUAUCAUGGAUCUGGUGAAGUGUGACGGCGCUGCAUUAUAUUAUGGGGGGAAAUGUUGGUUGCUUGGUGUAACUCCCACUGAAAUGCAGGUAAAAGAUAUUGUAGAGUGGCUUCUCAACAAUCAUGGGGAUUCUACAGGUUUGAGUACUGAUAGUUUGGGAGAAGCUGGCUAUCCUGGUGCUGCUUUAUUGGGUGAUGCAGUCUGUGGUAUGGCCACUGCCAGAAUCAAUUCAAAGGGUUUCUUAUUCUGGUUCAGGUCUCACACUGCAAAGGAAGUCAAAUGGGCAGGAGCUAUGCAUCAUCCAGAGCAUAAGGAUGAUAGUGGAAGAAUGGACCCAAGAUCAUCAUUUAAAGCUUUCCUUGAAGUGGUGAAAAAUAAGAGUUCGCCUUGGGAAGUUUCAGAAAUUAAUGCUAUUCACUCUUUACAGCUUAUAAUGAGAGAUUCAUUCCAGCAAAUGGAGGAAAACAACUCUAAGGUAAUGGUUAAUAUUCAACAGAAUGACAUUGAGAUGCAGGGGUUGGAUGAACUCACUUCAGUGGCAUGUGAAAUGGUUAGGCUGAUUGAGACAGCAACAGCCCCUAUUUUUGGGGUUGAUUCAUCCGGUAUCAUCAAUGGGUGGAAUGCGAAAGUUGCCGAAUUGACAGGAUUACAAGCUAGUGAAGCAAUGGGGAAGUCCCUGGUUGAGGAAAUUGUUCACCAGGACUCACGUGGAGCUCUCGAAAAUCUUAUAUGCAGAGCCUUGCUCGGUAAGGAAGACAAAAAUGUUGAGUUGAAACUGAGAAAUUUUGAGCUUCAAAGGGAAAGCUCAGUUGUAUAUAUUGUGGUCAAUGCCUGCACAAGUAGGGACUACAUGAACAAUGUCAAAGGAGUGUGCUUUGUUGGUCAUGACAUCACGCCUGAGAAAGUUGUGAUGGAUAAGUUUGUACGCUUGCAAGGGGAUUACAAGGCUAUCAUACAAAGUCUUAAUCCAUUAAUUCCACCAAUAUUUGCAUCUGAUGAGAACGCGUGCUGUUCUGAAUGGAAUGCAGCCAUGGAAAAGCUGACCGGUUGGAUGAGGCAUGAGGUAAUGGGUAAAAUGCUUCCUAGGGAAAUCUUUGGGGGUUUCUGUCGGCUGAAAGGUCAAGAUACACUCACUAAAUUCAUGAUUUUGUUGUAUCAAGGAAUUAGCGGUCAUGAUACUGAGAAGUUCCCUUUCGGGUUUUUUGAUAGAGGGGAAAAUUUUGUGGAGGUGUUAUUAACUGCAAAUAAGAGAACUGACUCGGAUGGGAAAGUAGUUGGCUGCUUCUGCUUCUUGCAGAUUGUUGUGCCUGAACUGCAACAGACCUUAGAAGUAUACAGGCAAGAUAAUAGAGAGAUCUUUUCAAAACUUAAGGAGUUGGCUUAUAUAAAACAGGAGGUGAAAAAUCCUUUAAAUGGUAUUCGAUUUGUUCACAAGCUGUUAGAAACUACAGCUGUUUCAGAAAAUCAAAAGCAAUUUCUAGAAACCAGUGAUGCAUGUGAAAGACAAAUCAUGGCGAUUAUCGAUGGUAUGGAUUUAAGCCAUAUAGAGGAAGGUAGCAUGGAGCGAGACAUGCACGAAUUCCUUCUGGGCGAUAUUUUAGAUGCUAUCGUUAGUCAAGUCAUGGUCUUGUUGAGAGAAAAGAACUUACAGCUAUUUCUUCAGAUUCCGGAGGAAAUCAAAGCACUAUCACUGUAUGGUGAUCAAAUUAGGCUUCAGCUGGUCCUGUCAGAUUUUUUGCUUCAUGUGGUACAUCAUACACCUUCUCCAGAUGGCUGGGUAGAGGUCAAGAUUUUGCCUGGCCUAAGGCUGAUAAAGGAUGGCAACAGCUUUAUUCAUUUACAGUUCAGAAUGGCUCACCCUGGCAAAGGCCUUCCUGCUGCUCUUAUUGAAGAUAUGUUUGAUGGUGGAAAUAAGUGGACUUCACAGGAGGGUUUAUGCUUAAACCUGUCCCGGAAACUUCUCAUUAUGAUGAACGGCCGCGUCAACUAUGUCAGAGAGCAUAACAAAUGUUAUUUCCUCGUCGACCUUGAGCUUAAAACGAAAAGAGGAAGACAUAACGAUUCAAGUCGAACGUCCUAAAUUACUUCUCCAGGCAUCCUCGUGCGUGUGCAAACAACGAGGUCAUGGUUGUUUUCAAUCUUGUUUGAGCAGGUGAGAAAGUAUGAGGCUGUCACCUACAAAAGAUUUGGUACAUUGUAUCAUCACCGCCCCCUAUAUGGCCUGAGAAAUCACAGGCUAAUGUUCACUUCACUCUUCAUGUUCAGUGGGAAGUUACUUAUCUCCAAAGCAUUGUUUGUUGCCUUGCCUCUGCUUUAAUAUUUCAGCGGUUUUAUAUAUGUAUAUACUGAAGAAGUGCAGUGGAAGAAAGAUGUUGGAGAAUCCAAUAGCCGAGGAGCUUACUAUUGCAGAUGUAACUUUUUUGAGUGUAUUUUGAGUAAAGUUUUAUGAAAUUUAUGUAUAUUUCCGCUGCCUGUUUAUUAGUUAAAUCAACAUGUUUCGAGAGCAAUGUUAUAUA